CCCGAGCGUUGACCACUGCAGGAAGUGCGCGCGCUUUAAGGCAGCCUUUCCUCCAGCGCGCACGUUAUUAUGAUCAGAGUUGCUCUGCUGGAAAUAUGUCUUCACUUCACUUCUCCUGUCUCUUUGUGCUUUGUGCAGGACUGGGAUUUGCCCACACGGCUUUUGUCCAAGAUGGAAAGCAACUUCCACUCAAGAUUUUCCAUCACUGGUGCGCUCUGAAGAAGGACGAAGGCCCCUGCAAGGCAAUAAUCGACAGAUUCUACUUUAACAUCGAGACGCAACGCUGCGAGCUGUUUGAGUACGGAGGCUGUCAGGGCAAUGAGAACAAUUUCGAAACGGAGGAACAAUGCGAAGUAAUGUGUGUGGUCAAAGCCAAAAAGAGUCCAUGCCACCUGGAGGACGAGCCGGGCCCCUGCCGAGGCAUGGUACCUCGCUACUUCUUCGACAGCAAGGUGAACGAGUGCAGACGCUUCUUCUAUGGUGGCUGCUUUGGAAACGCGAAUAACUUCAGGACCCUUAAAGAAUGUCAGGACCGGUGUCAGCCAGUUAAUGAGACAGAGGAACCGCAAGACAAAGUAAAGGCUGAAAAAAUGGCUGAAGAGAAGACUGAAAAGAAGACUGAAGAGAAGACUGAAGUGAAGGCUGAAGAAAAGACAGAAGUGAAGGCAGUCAUUAAAACUGACGGUAACUCGGAGUCUCACACCCAGCCUCAGACGAUGACAGACGUGGAUAAAUGGACAGAUAUCAUUCCUCCUGAACACUGCAUGAUUCCUCCUGAGCAGGGCAAGUGUGGCGACCUGGAGAGAAGAUUUUUCUACAACUUCAAAACUAAACGUUGCCAAGCCUUCAGGUACAGCGGCUGUGGAGGCAACAUGAACAACUUUACACAAAAGAAGAUGUGCAUGAGAACCUGCAUGAAAGAUUUCAGGAGAACCGGGAGAAUCCGAAUAAAGACCAAAAACUCCAACAUCUUAUUCCGGUCCAUCUGAGUCCCCUAAAUCACUCCUGGUUCUUUUUCAUGUGUAAUAUCUUUUACAGAGCCAUAUUAUAUACUUUGGUAUACCACUCCCUGUAUUUUUCUGUGUAUAUAUCUAAUGUUACUUAUUUACCUUUUAAAAUGUAACCUUAGAUUUUUUUUUUUCAUUCCAGUACAAAAAAAUCUGUUGUUUUAUUUGCACAUAUGUUUUUUUCUGUUAUUCAGAAGGCUGUAAAUUUCAGAACUACCAGAAAGCUGGCGUUGCACCCUCGAGUGAGACUUUUACCAAAAGUGUUGCUUUGAAUGAAAGCAUCUCUCAGAUAAUGACUGUAUAUAUGGCCAAAUACUCCAUCAGCAUUAAACGAGAAGCCUGAAAUGUGUCCGAAUUCCACAUUCCCAUGUAACUUUAGAAUGCACAAUGUGCACGAUAAAAAAUCCACGAUAAAAGGACAA